AUGGCCUGGGAGCGAUACUCGGUGUUUGCUUUGCAUCAUGGCAGGACAAUUGGGCUGGUCUACAGAAAGGCCCCUGUUCAUCACCAUUAUUCCAAUCUUGCCCCAGUUCAACAUGCAAAUAACAUUGAGAGCUUCCAGCAUGGCAGAUGGAUUAUUCAUCGUUCCGAAUUAUCUUUGUGGGCAGAAGGGUUCUUUGGUGGUCAGUGGACUUCUCCGCUAGAUCAAGUGCGACUGACGCCAAGCCAUCUACUACCAGGACGGCUAGUAGUACCUUACUUUGCAAAGGUCUUUGGAGGAUACUCUCAUAUAGCCAUCUCAAGGAUUAGCAAGGCGAUAUACGGAGUCUAUACGGAGCCUGAGGCAGAUGUGGCGUGGCUAAAAGCCUGUGGCGGGUGGCUGGAGUGGAGAAACUUCAGCCCAGUUGUGAAGGACCAUUUGCGAAUAAUAAUAAGAACUUAUAAUAUAAUCUAUUAA